CCUUUAUCCUUCUGGAUUUUGCUUGUGAAUAUACAACUGCUCAGACCACAGUACUAUUUGCAACAUGGCUGACCAAAAUGAGCACUUCGCACAGUCUGAUACUUGGGACCAUCUGAGCAAUACCGCGAAGUGAGUCAAGAGCGAUUGAGGGAUUUUGUAUGGGCUAAAUGAUCUCCCUAAGUUUUUGCGAAGAAGACUAUGCUGUCACCCAGUACAUUGCCGAGUUCAUCAACACACUCAGCAACAUAGCUUACAUUUACUGUGCCUUGUACUAUCCUUCCGGCACAAAGAGCCGUAGAAAACUGGACUCCAUGUCCAUGGCCCUCAUUAUGGUCGGGAUCACAUCCACCUUGUAUCACGCAACACUACGGCAUUCCAUGAUGCUCGGUGAUGACUUUUCAAUGUGGCUCAUCGUCGCAUGUAUUUUGCGGCCUCUGUACUGCCGCGGCCAGUCUCCUGCUGUGGCUUCUUUCAUCACCGCAGUUAUUGCACUAGCAUGUUGCGUCAUGACAAUAAUCUACUUGCAUUCCGGAAGUAUCUUGAUUCACACAGGCUUCUUUGCGUUUUUACUACAACUGAUUUGGCCUCGGACUUUGUUUCUAAUUUACGGUGCGGGAAAUCGAUCGCAGAUGGAAAAGAAGAAACUACUUCGACGCUUUUUGAAAGCCGCGGUAACAUUGAUAGUGGCAUUUGCGGCUUGGGAUAUUGACCUGGAAAGAUGCCCACAGUUGAGAGAGAUUCGAAAAAGUAUUGGUCUCCCGUGCGCUUGGGCUUUGGAGUUGCAUGGUUGGUGGCAUGUUUUGACUGCUGUUGGAGCUGCAGAGUACAUUACCCUAGUGAGGAUAUUGUGUGACCAGUCUUUUAGAUAGUAAAUUACACGAGGUCGGGAUGAGAGAAUGUGCGGAAAGUCCGAGCUUGAUAUCGGAAGUGAGGGCUGAAGUAUUGCUCUCUAAGCAAAAUAGAAAAGGUUGAACUGAUGCGUG